AUGUUGACUCUCCCCAACGUCACUGGGCUCGACCUAUGCCUUGCAUGCGUCGGAGUGUAUGUCCUUAAGCGGGUGUUCGGCAAAAAGAACCCUCCAUAUCCUCCUGGUCCUCCGGGGUGGCCUCUCAUCGGGAACGUCCUGGACAUGCCCCACAUCAAGCCCUGGCUGACCUUCGCCGAGUGGGGCAAGAAGUAUGGUGAUAUAUCGCAUAUCGAGGUUCUGGGUCAACACAUCGUGGUGGUGAACUCUCUCAAUAUUGCGAUGGAAAUGCUGGAUAACAAGAGCGCUAUCUACUCUGAACGUCCUAUCCUUCCUGUUGGUGGCGAACUUGUUGGCUGGAAGAAUGCCAUGAUUCUCCUUCCUUACGGGGACCAUUGGCGCCGGCAGCGCAAAAACUUUCACAGCGUCAUUGGCACCCGUGCCGCUGUGGCUGUAUACGACCAAGUCGAGGAGGUUGAGACUCGCCGAUUUCUCAAGCGUGUGUUCGCGACACCCGAUCAACUACAGGCACACGUCCGACACACCACUGGGGCUGUUAUUCUGCGCAUUUCUCAUGGUUACGAGGUGAAAGAGAACAUCGAUCCCUUCAUUGACCUCGCAGACCGUGCUCUGUACCAGUUGUCGGUUGUCACCGCUCCUGGUGCUUUCUUAGCUGAUGUUUUGCCAAUCUUGCUCAAGGCCCCCGAAUGGUUCCCUGGCGCUGGCUUCAAGCGUCUGGUCCGCGAAUGGCAAGACACCCUUGAAGAGAUGGUUUCUGCUCCAUAUAAAUUCGUUCUGGAUCAAAUGGCUGCUGGAAUUGCCCCGGAAUCUUUCACUUCGAAUGUGUUGGGAGGCAGUACUGGUCGUUUGUCAGCGGAAGACGAGCACAUUACUGUUGCUACCAUCAACUCGUUCUUCCUAGCUAUGACUCUAUUCCCUGACGUGCAGAAGAAGGCCCAGGCUGAAAUAGAUGCUGUCGUCGGUCCUGAUCGUCUUCCCUCCUUCGCCGAUCAAGACUCUCUUCCCUACAUCGGAGCACUUGUAAAAGAAGCCUUACGAUGGCAUCCUGUUAUCCCUGCCGGUUUUCCGCACUGUGUGUCUAAGGACGACGUCCAUGACGGGUAUUACAUUCCAAAGGGGUCCAUGGUAGUACCUAACAUUUGGUUCAUGCUCAAUGAUCCGGAGAGAUAUGCCAACCCUUCGCAAUUCAAUCCUGAUCGCUUCUUGGCUAAUGACGGAAAGGAGCCUGAGACAGAGCCUCGCACGAUCUGCUUCGGCUUUGGAAGACGUAUUUGUCCAGGCAUUCACCUGGCUGAAGCUUCGGUCUGGUUAUCUGCUGUGAUGUCCCUGGCGGUGUUCGAUAUCUCGAAGGCCGUCGAGAACGGGAUUGAGAUUACGCCUGAGGUUGAUCCAUUAUCAGGCACGAUCAGGUACCCUUCUAGCCACCUCAAACCCUUCAAGUGUUCCAUUAAGCCUCGCUCUUCGAAAGCCGUCGCGCUCAUCGAGCAGGAUGCCUACUAUUAA